GUAGGUUCAUGUUGCCCUAAAACAUUUUAGAGAUGUUGUCAGCAAGAACAAAUUAGAAAUGCUGCCUGGAAAUGGGACUGUAGUUCUGGAUACUGUUACUACUAUCCAUGGUGUGCUGAAGAUGUAUGUCUUAAAUGAGCAAAGUUCAACUCUAUUGUCGGCCACAAAUCAAGUUUACCAAAGUCUUGCCAAGUUAAUCAAGUUAUGUGAUGAUGUGUUGCUGCAUGGAGACAAAGCUCUUGCCCGAGAAAAUGUCUCAGAAGUUGUUCAAGUUGUUGAAGAGGCUGUGCAAAAUCUGGUCACCCUAGCUCAAGAUCAAAUUGCCAAUCGAGAAACAACAAUAAAAUCCACUGCCAAUCACGUGAAUCAUUAUCACCCUCCUAACUCUGAUCACCGUUCCUCAGCCUAUGCUCUUGAUCUGCCUCACCGCAAUUCUUUACCUGACAUUCCUUUAACUCCUCGUGAAAGACAGAUUUUGGAGCAGACCUCCUCAUCCAUGUUAGAGAGGCCAGGUCAGAACGCCAUUCCACACUCGCAAAGCUCAGAGUCAAUUUUAAAUGAUCUGAGUCCUCCACCGAAACCUCCACUACCUGGAAGGAUGUUCACGACAGACACUGGAGAUGCUCCUACUGGAGAGCCUCCUCCUUUGCCUCCAAAAAGACGUAACAGAUCUCAGCAAUCACACCAGAGUCAGUCUGCCUCUCAGCAACAUAUUGCAGAUAUAGACAACUCAGCUCAUGAUGACAGUGCUGCAAAUUCUAGUUUAACCGAUACAUUAAACAGUAGCAGUAACACUGGCUUAGCGGCCAGUUUCGAUCGGAUAAGUUUGCGUAGCAAAUCUCCUGAAGAUACUUCUUCAUGUCUUAGUGCAUCAGCGGGAAGUUUGGAUUCUGUUUUGAAUCAUUCUCGAGAAGAAGAGGAAAUUCAAGUUCUCAUGGAUACUUCUGAAGACACUGUCCUUGCUAGGUCAGCAAUUAUGCUGAAUGGAAGUUCUUGUAAUUGUUGGGACAGUUCUUCAAGCAAUGCUUCUAUAGAACAAACUCAAGUUUUAGCUGCACCAGAAAAACCUCCUCUUUCACUGCUGGAUCCUACUAGAAAAUCACCUCUAUAUAAUACUGAACUGACUCCUAUACCUCCUGGAACUACUAUUGGAUUUGACUCUACAAUUGGAAAACUAGAUCAUCUUUCCUCAUCUCAAGCAGAAUCUGGUUUUGCAUCUAUGCAUUCUUUGCGAAGUUCAAGUCAGAGCUAUACAGCUUCUUCUGUUUCAUCUCAGCAGUUCAGUUCAUCUGUAUCAAGAUCUUCUCAACAAAGUAGUGUGUCCUUCAGCAGCUCAGAAGCAUCAUGUAGCAAGACUUGGCAGGUUCAAAAAACCAGUUCAACUUCUGAAACUACUAACUUUAGCUCCUCAUCUCUGACUACCACACAACAUCUCACUUCCUCUGAUACCAUUUCUACCUCAAUAGUGCACCGUAGUGAAUCUACAAUGGCAGCCUCUAGUUUAGUAACCAUUGGUUCAGACUCUAUCACUAGUGUUGGUUCAGGUGAAGAUGCAUUGUCCCUUCUGGAUAAGGAGAUGCCAAGUUUAUCUCCGGUUCAUGAUUCCACCUCAGAAAGUCCUCCCAUGUUACCCCAAAAGACACGCUCAAAGAGAAGAAAAGACAGACAGGUAUCACAAUACGACAACGUGCCAAUGGACGAAACUGAUCUAGCUGCUGGCAGCCAUCAAGAACAACGUACAAUUGUCAGUUGCAGUACCCAUCAAGCUGUGCAGCAAACAACUUGUCGCAGUCCAGACAACAAACCACCACCUUUACCUCUAAAGAAGAAGCACAUGUUCCAGUCUGUGGCAUAUUCUGUUAUGGCGUACAUGGAGAUGUUUGGUAACUGUUCACAUGCUAAUACCAACGAGUUUCUACGGCAUUCUGUUCACACCUACAACCUUUUACAAGCAGAAUGGCAACAGCAAGAAAUGUCCUUGACCUCAACUCAGUCAUGCUCUUUCUCAGUGAUGUCUUCUCACAGUAGUCAAAUGUUUCCUCCGCCUCCUCCUACUAGUACUACUACUACUACAAGUACUGCCACUUCUUCAUUUCCUCGUGUGGACAAUGUUGAAACAUCUCCAUCUCCUAAUAAGGAACCUAUUGGUCUACCUCCUGCGCUUCCCCCCAAACGAAGCCGCACUGCGAGUGUCAGGUCUGCCACAAGUCCACCACCAAUGUCACCUCCUCCAACUGUUUCUAUUCAAGACAUAUCAGCUAAAGAAGAGUCUCGACCUAUUAGCUCUGGUGAUGAGGAAAAGAAACAUCCAGUGACCAGGCAAGAGUCAAAAACUAUUUCUUUACCAUCAGAGGCAAAUUCAGUCACAGUAUCAAAGAAAACUGAAAUUGUUCCAUCUCAACCAGAAGUUAAUCCUCUAGAAGAACUGGAAAUUGCUUCUUAUUUGGUUAUGAAAAAAACAGAUGAAGAAGGACCUGAUGUUCGUGGUGGUCAUCCAGAUGCUCUUAUUAUUCAUGCAACCAAGGCAAAUAAAAAUGACUUUAUGUACCAAGAAGCAUUCCUGACCACAUAUAGAACAUUCCUAUCACCAAUUGAACUUAUUCGAAAGCUUUGCCAUCGACACCAGAGGUUCAGUUGCUCUUCUGAUUUAGGCAAGCAGCGGGCAGCUCGUGAGGCCUUUUCACUUCUAGUCAGAGUCGUCAGUGACCUCACGAUGUCAGAUUUAGAUGAUGUAGUUCUGCAGACCUUGAUGGAAUUUGUGUACCAGUUACUCUGCAGUGGUGACCUUACCAUGGCAAAAGCAUUAAGAGUCAAGAUUCUUGAAAAAUAUAAUGCAAAGAAGCUUAAUAAUACUCCAAAUGCUCUUCUCUCAUCCCUCAAUAUUUAUACCAGGCAAGCAUCAUUGUUAGAUUUCAAAUCAGAACAAAUUGCUGAGCAAAUGACACUCUUGGAUGCAGAUCUUUUUAUGAAAAUAGAAAUUCCAGAGGUUCUCAUUUGGGCUCAAGAACAGAAUGAAGAACGCAGUCCAAAUUUGACUCGUUUUACUGAACAUUUUAAUAAAAUGUCUUACUGGGCUCGUUCACGUAUUUUGGAACAGAAUGAAGCAAAAGAUCGUGAGCGAUAUGUUGUGAAAUUUAUCAAAAUAAUGAAACAUCUAAGAAAAAUCAACAAUUUCAAUUCUUAUCUGGCGUUGCUCUCAGCUCUUGAUUCAGCCCCUAUUCGCAGAUUAGAAUGGCAAAAGCAUAUCACAGAAGGUCUGAAAGAAUAUUGUGCUCUAAUAGACAGUUCUUCAAGCUUCCGAGCAUAUCGACAAGCCUUAGCCGAAACCCAACCCCCAUGUAUUCCUUACAUUGGUCUUGUGCUUCAAGAUCUAACAUUUGUUCAUAUCGGUAACAACGAUCUUUUAUUGGAUGGAUCCAUUAAUUUUUCAAAGAGAUGGCAGCAAUUCAACAUUGUUGAAAAUAUGAAAAGAUUUAAAAAAGGAGCCUACCCAUACAAGAAACAUGAACGAAUAAUUGCAUUUUUUAACAAUUUUGAUGAAUUCCUGAGUGAAGAGGCAAUGUGGCAGAUAUCAGAAAAUAUCAAACCAAGAGGAGGCAAGAAACCCCAAUGAAGAACUCGAAUUUGGGUUCAAUCUUCAUGUAAAGUUUUUCUCUGCCCAAGUUUUUCGAGGACUUUUUUACCUCCAUUGUUGUGAUGUUUGAUUUCGUAUUUGUUUAUUUCUUAAUCUUCUUUGAUGGAAUGCAAUUUGAGGUAAGAGACAGAUUUUCUGUUAAUAUUGCUGUUAAUGUUUAUCUAUCACUGAAGAUGAAGUCAUUACUCUUAUUCCUUAACAAGUUCCUUUUUUCAAGAAACUGAGAAAAGUCAGUCAAGCAUAUUUCCUAGAUGUUUGGCUACUACAUAUCUUGUAAAAACCUUUCAAAAACCUGUUUUUAAAGAUGUUUUUGUAUUUUAGUCACUGAUUCUGUGAUGUACCAUUCAUUUGGAAUCAGGCACUUAAAGACCUCAUGAAACUCAAAACUGAAAUUAUCAUAAGAAGGUGCAAGUUCACAUGUAACCAAAACUACUUGCAUCAAUUUUCAUGUACUUGCUCUCUUUUAUGCAAGUGCUGUGUCAUUUUUUGGAAAAGAAAUAAUGUGUGUACUCUUGAAUCUCAUUUAAUUUGUGUUUCUGUUUGGCAUUUUGGGUGUAAAAGGUGAUGGAUCAUGAGCAACAAAGAAACUGUUAUGUUACAUAUUUGUUUUAACUUUCAAACACAUUCACUAAUAAUUUUCUCAAAGAGAAUACAGGCAAAAUAUUUCUAAAGGAUUAGAUGCAAAAUAUUUUCAAAUGCUUCUUCUGUUUUUGCUCAGUUAACAACAUUUACACCAAAGUAUUUUAUGACAAGAAAUUUGUUAACCUAAUUGAAAUGAUCAUAGACUAAACAUGGGAAAUUUUGACACUACAAUCGAAGCCAUAUUUCUAAAUAACAAUGGCAAUGGUAAAUUCAAAAGCAUUUAAAAGUAUUGAAUUCAUGUCACUGUAUAGUGAAGAUCCAUUAUAAAAUUGUAUAUUAUUCGCUGUGACAUUUGUUUUGCAUCACAAAUUAUAUAAAUGAUUGAGAAUGACACAGCAUGUUGUGCAUAAUAAGUUGUGAUGGAGAUGUUUCUCUAUUAUUGAAAGGAGUGAUAACAAUGAUGGACUAUCCCGUGGGAUUUCAAGUAUCAAAUACGAGCUGUGCCCUAUGGAGCACAAUUUUUUUAAAAAUAUUUUUGUGCUAUGUGAUGAUGACCCUUUGUGUCAGAACGCAGAAAGUAAUUCAAUGUUGAACACAAGAUUUAUUUUUGUGGAAUAGGCCGCUAUUGCACUGAUCUUUCAAGUUUUAUUUAUUGGUAUAUUAAAAUAAUUCAUUUUAUUUUCUUAGACAUAUGUGCCAUAUUGUGCCAUGCUUUAAUAUUAUAGGGUGCUUGUUCUUUAUAAAAGGUUGUGAUGGAAUAUUCAUGGAUUUUUGGUGGCACAUGAAGAACAAGGGAUUCAGUAUCUGAUCACAAAUAUUUUAUGAUUAUUAAUUAUUAAUGAUUAUAAAAAGAUUUUAUUAUUACCAUUUAAAGUAAGAGAAAUUUACAGGCUUAAUUAUCAAACAGUUAAGUAUCAUUCCACCAUUUUCUCUUUCUCUUGUACAUUUUCUUUGGGUUUUUGAUUGCAAGAUGUGUCUCAAAACCCAAUAAUGUAAUUUAAGGCCUAAUUACAUGAUGACAUUAGAUUGUGUUUGUACGUUAUGUGGACACCUGAAUAGAAAGUGCUAUUUUGAUAUUGUGGAAAAUGAAUUCCUUUUUUGUGUACAUGCUGUAUAUUGAAUCAGUAUUGCUAUAUUAAACUCACAGGUCAUGAUAAACAUUAAUCAUUUAAGAUAGUAAAUAUUUUUUAUAAGUAAGUAUAUGAAAAAGCACUACUUUUUUUAAAUUUUUUGCCAUUAUGCACAAUGAAUUCGUGCAACGAAUAUUUCCUAUCUGUGGAGCACAUUAUUUUAUUGAGAACAUUCUUAAUAUAUUCAACAAAGAGUUCUCUGUGAAGUCAUACAACGCAAUUCUCUACUUUGUAAGAGAAACAAUAAUACAUCAAAAUUUUAUUACUUUUAUUGUCAUAGUAGAUUUUUUGCCUCAUUAUAAUUGCUUAAUUUGUUAUGAAAGUUACAAGUGUUUAUAAAUAUUAUAUUUUACAAAAAGUUUUUCCUUCCAUUUCUUUACUGCAGCUUUUAUUUCAUUUUGUAUAUACAUUUAUUUCGGAUUAAAACUCACAAUAACUGCAUUGUAUUUGUGACGUUGCCAUUUAUUUGUAAAUAGAUGUUUUUUAUGUUUAAUUUUAAGGUGAGAAAGUGAUGCUAAUUAAAUUUGAUGCCCAUCAAAUAAUAUACAGUUGUAUAUAUAAAUCUGUGAGGUGUAUCAAAUUCUGUGUAUGUUGUUAAAAACUGUUUAACUGUUUUAUGGGAAAUGAAGGAAGAUUGCAAUAAUUUGAAUAUAUAUUAUAUGAUAUAUAUCAUAUAUACAUAAGAAUGCUGUGUGCCAUAGAAAAACAGAAAGAAUUCUAAUGCAAAUUCAUUCUUGUGAAUGGUCUCUUUUUGACCAUCAGUAUCUUCUCUGGUUUUAUCAGAGGUAAUAAAGAGAUCUUGUCUGUCAGUUGAAAUUGUCUACAAGCAUAUCAUGAAACUAGUGAUACAAUGUCAGCUUAUCGUGUUGUGAUUGUGUGGAAUGAGACCAACAAUUAAACUAUUGCUUGCAUUGUUCUAUAUUGGAAACAAUUUUAUUACAAUGUACAAAUCUUUGCCGUGUAUUGUAUGUAUAUGUCUUAUUUUUAAGUGUAUGUAUUUCAUUUAUUGUAAAAAAUCUUCAUAUGUGUCAUAUCACUUCAAAGAAGCCUCCAAGCAUUGUAACAUUUUUCUGUGCUGGUAACCAUAGAGUCUAAGCACAUUUAACUAAACCCUACUAAGACAUUUUCAAAAAAAGAAAAAAAAAGAAUAUUUUGUUGAGAUAAAGACUGUUCAGUUUCUGUUUCCUAAAUAAAAAUGACUUUCCUCUUGAAAUAAAUGUAUUACAAAAAUAUUUUUCAAUUUCUGUGGGCCAUAAUAGUGUGUAUGAAACAACUGUACUUUUAUGGAAUCAUGCAGCUUGCCAAUUGUAGUGUAUAAUUUUUAAGUAAUUAGCAGUUUAUUAGUCAUUUUCUGCAACUUCAGCUACUGAGAAUGUCUUUAUGUGGGUUUUGUUAUGUAUGUUUAUCAUUUGUAGGAUGUAUUAUUUCAUCUAUUAUUAAAUACGUUGUAGAAUUUCUUAAUAUUCAUGAAGGUGUGCGAGUGACCUCAUGUUUGCAUUUGAGAGAGCUUCUGUUGAAACAAUGUGGAUGAAAGUUUCACUUGUUAAGUUAAAUCUAAGCACCAAAACCCAGCUGUGAAAGUUGUGCAUGAAAGUCUUUCUGAGCCGUUUAACUUUAGGAUCAAAAUAAUUAAUGUAAUUGUUCUUGAAUGUAGGAUGAAUGACCAACAUGAAAAUUGUUAAAAAAUAAUUUCAUAAAGAAAUGAUGCUUUUUCAUAUCAUUAGAAACUGAAAAUAUUGGUUUCCUCAAAGAGCUGGAUGAAAAAUCUGUUUUCUGUUUUAUUAUAUAUUUUGCAUAAAGCAUGGUUGUUUUCAUUUUGAGUUUCCAUUAGUGUAAGGCAUGGGUGAUUUUGGCAUGGUUGGUAUCAAAAUUGGAAAGGGUAAUGAAAUCAUGUAUGUUGAUGCUGUUCCUAAGACAAAUGAUAAAAAGAUACUUUUGCAAAAUAACAAUAAUUCACAGUGUUGUCAGUUUAUCCAUUUUCUUGUCCAGCUCUUGAGUUUUUAUUCAACUUAUUUUUAAGAAAUAUUUGUGAAUUAUUUGAAUAGUCAGAUUUAUAAGAACUGUCUUAGGUGGGCAAACCUUUAGAGAAAUUUCUCUAUAUCUAUCCCUUCAAAUAGGUAUUCUUUACAUUUACGUUAUUACAAUGGACUCUUUUUAAUUAAAUCUCUGAGGGAUAUUAAAGCAAAUUCAAUGAAAACAAAACAUUCUGUAAUAAAUGCAAUUUAAAUAAAUUGAUUUUACCGAAUUAAUUAUUAAAACUAGCAGGUGCUUACUCAAUAGUAUUAUGAUAUGUUACUGCUAUCUGAGAUGAUAGGACUUCUCCUCAGUCCAAAAAAGGAUAAAAGGAAAAUUUAAAAGCAAUAAACCUUUAAAAUUUCUUGCAUAGGAAUUUCUGACACAAAUUCAUGAAUACAUAUCUGGAUAAAUUUCAUUAAAAGGGUUUUGUGAUUUGUUUCCCCAGCUGUUGUUUUUCCGUUGAUGGUUUAAACCAAUUAUUAUUAUCUAUUUUUUUUUCCUCCUCCAAACAAAGUUUUAUUUAUUAUUUUUUUUUUAAAUUUAAUUUGUAAAAUCUAGUUAUUGUAUUGUUUGAGAGUAACCUUUAAAAAUCGUAAUAAACAAUGUUUAACAUUUGUUUAAACAGGAGAGGAAAAUGUUACUCCAAAUUAUCCCAUACAAUAAAUUUUAUUUAUACACAACAAAUUAAAUAGAGUCCAAGUAUUUGAAACAUAUUUGGAGAUUGAUGUAUAAUUGUGAUUAUAUUUAUUUUUGUUUUGUUAGUGAUGUACAGUGAACACAUAUGAUGUUAGUUAUGUAAUGGAGAAAAGAUAAUGACAGUUGUGGGUAAGAUACAAUGUUACAUCACAUGCUUACAUUUAGGGGAUAGUUAAGUUCAUUUAAUUAAUUUCCAUUUUGCCAUGAGAUAUUUCUUUUUAUUCUUCUUUUUUUUCUCUCCAGUUCCAUAAAGUUUUGUAGAAAAUUAUUGUAAGGAUUGUGCUUGUGUACUUUUAGAAUAUAUCUCUCUGUGUGAAAACCUAUCUCGUUUGGAGAUAUUUUACUUUCAUUUUUAAAUGUAAUAUUUUAUAGGAUUUUGCUAGAGAACACAUUGUGACAAAUGUUUUCUCUUAAGUUACAAUCCUAAUCAAAUGUUGAAAUAAAAUUUUUGUGUGUACAGCUAAAGCUUUGAAAAUAAUUCAUACUUAGUAAUGUAGAUAUACAUAUCUGUAUAUUGAUUUCAGCUUGUUCGUAUAUGUGUGAAAGUUACCUCUGGGUAACUAAGUGAAAUCUGUGGCAGCUGUUUGAAAGUGUGUGUUGUUUUGUGGUCUAAUUCAUACAUUACAUUGAUGUGCAAGAGAGAAAUGUAUAUUACUGGGCCUACUUGGAAUGAAGAUGUUCCUUGCGAUUAUGAGAAUAGAUUUUUGAAUGUUGUGGUGUGUUUUCUUUAGUAGUUUAAUUUCAGAUUCAUAUAUUUCUGAGAAUACAUGUGUGUGGUACAGAUAGAAAAAGUACAUCUCAAUACUACUUUUUAAGUAUUAUAAUUCCAAAAAUACUUGUAUUAAUUAUUUUGGCCCUCAGUGUCUUGAGUGUAGCUGAGCAAGUCAUUUCAGUUUUGUCACAAAUUGUAAAUUUAUAUUUUGAUAAUUUAUUAAAGCCAAUAUAAUUUGUAUUUACAAUAUUCUUUCAAACAUCUAUGUAUAUUUAUGAGAAACAUUUAUUUAAUUGAAUGAAUAGUAUACAUCAUAAUUUGUGUCCUUUUACAGACUGUAUCUUGUUUGAUAGUUUUAAUUUUAUGCUGUACAAUACUGUAAAAUAUAUUUUUAUAAUUGUCUUAUUGUUGUGUAAUUAUAAUUUUGUUAUGAAGCUGUCUUUUGUAAUGAGUGGAAAGUGAGAAAUGAGUAAAAUCAAAAAUAUAGAUUGAUUUAAAAAAAAAA